AUGGUUCCUGUUGAAAAGUUGUUGCUGUUAAGGGACUCCUUACGCAGCGGUCGCAGCGGCUCCUUAGACGCGUUCAUAGAUAGAACACUAUACAGCGGUCGUGCGUGUGUAUAUUCGGAUACAAUGCAGAUCUUUGUGAAGACCUUGACGGGGAAGACCAUUACAUUGGAGGUGGAACCCUCUGAUACUAUUGAAAAUGUUAAAGCUAAGAUUCAAGAUAAAGAAGGCAUUCCUCCAGACCAGCAAAGGUUGAUCUUCGCCGGUAAGCAGUUAGAAGAUGGCCGCACACUUUCCGACUACAAUAUUCAAAAAGAAUCUACUCUCCACCUUGUGCUACGUCUUCGAGGCGGCAUGCAAAUCUUCGUGAAAACGUUGACUGGCAAAACUAUCACAUUGGAGGUUGAGCCCUCUGACACAAUUGAGAAUGUUAAAGCUAAGAUACAAGACAAAGAAGGUAUCCCUCCAGACCAGCAGCGAUUGAUUUUCGCCGGCAAACAAUUGGAAGAUGGACGCACAUUGUCUGACUAUAAUAUCCAAAAGGAGUCCACACUCCAUUUAGUAUUACGUCUGCGUGGAGGUAUGCAAAUAUUCGUCAAAACUCUAACUGGCAAGACAAUUACGCUUGAAGUUGAGCCUUCAGACACAAUUGAAAAUGUAAAAGCUAAAAUUCAAGAUAAAGAAGGUAUUCCCCCUGAUCAACAAAGACUGAUAUUUGCCGGAAAACAGCUAGAAGAUGGCCGCACCCUAUCAGACUACAACAUUCAAAAAGAAUCCACACUCCAUUUAGUCCUUCGUCUACGUGGUGGCAUGCAGAUUUUCGUUAAAACAUUGACCGGCAAGACAAUCACACUGGAAGUAGAGCCUUCUGACACCAUUGAAAACGUCAAAGCUAAAAUUCAAGAUAAAGAAGGUAUCCCCCCUGACCAGCAGAGGUUAAUCUUUGCUGGCAAACAACUGGAAGAUGGCCGUACUCUUUCCGAUUAUAACAUUCAGAAGGAAUCCACUCUUCAUCUAGUACUGCGACUUCGAGGUGGAAUGCAGAUAUUCGUAAAAACAUUAACUGGCAAAACUAUCACAUUGGAGGUGGAACCCUCUGACACAAUUGAGAAUGUUAAAGCUAAGAUUCAGGACAAAGAGGGUAUCCCUCCAGACCAGCAGCGAUUGAUCUUUGCCGGCAAGCAACUAGAAGAUGGACGAACAUUAUCAGACUACAAUAUUCAGAAGGAAUCUACGCUACAUUUAGUCCUUCGUUUACGUGGUGGUAUGCAGAUAUUCGUAAAAACAUUGACCGGCAAGACAAUCACAUUAGAAGUAGAACCUUCUGAUACCAUUGAAAACGUCAAAGCAAAAAUUCAGGACAAAGAAGGUAUCCCUCCAGACCAGCAGCGUUUGAUCUUUGCUGGCAAACAACUGGAAGAUGGCCGUACUCUUUCCGAUUAUAACAUUCAGAAGGAAUCCACUCUUCAUCUAGUACUGCGACUUCGAGGUGGAAUGCAGAUAUUCGUAAAAACAUUAACUGGCAAAACUAUCACAUUGGAGGUGGAACCCUCUGACACAAUUGAGAAUGUUAAAGCUAAGAUUCAGGACAAAGAGGGUAUCCCUCCAGACCAGCAGCGAUUGAUCUUUGCCGGCAAGCAACUAGAAGAUGGACGAACAUUAUCAGACUACAAUAUUCAGAAGGAAUCUACGCUACAUUUAGUCCUUCGUUUACGUGGUGGUAUGCAGAUAUUCGUAAAAACAUUGACCGGCAAGACAAUCACAUUAGAAGUAGAACCUUCUGAUACCAUUGAAAACGUCAAAGCAAAAAUUCAGGACAAAGAAGGUAUCCCUCCAGACCAGCAGCGUUUGAUCUUUGCUGGCAAGCAAUUAGAAGAUGGACGAACAUUAUCAGAUUACAAUAUUCAGAAGGAAUCCACUCUACAUUUAGUAUUACGUCUGCGUGGUGGUAUGCAAAUCUUCGUGAAGACCUUAACUGGCAAGACUAUUACAUUAGAAGUAGAGCCUUCUGACACAAUUGAGAAUGUUAAAGCUAAGAUUCAGGAUAAAGAAGGUAUCCCUCCAGACCAGCAGCGUUUGAUCUUUGCUGGCAAGCAAUUAGAAGAUGGACGAACAUUAUCAGAUUACAAUAUUCAGAAGGAAUCCACUCUACAUUUAGUAUUACGUCUGCGUGGUGGUAUGCAAAUCUUCGUGAAGACCUUAACUGGCAAGACUAUUACAUUAGAGGUAGAGCCUUCUGACACAAUUGAGAAUGUCAAAGCCAAGAUUCAGGAUAAGGAAGGUAUCCCUCCAGACCAGCAGCGUUUGAUCUUUGCUGGCAAGCAAUUAGAAGAUGGACGAACAUUAUCAGAUUACAAUAUUCAGAAGGAAUCCACUCUACAUUUAGUAUUACGUCUGCGUGGUGGUAUGCAAAUCUUCGUGAAGACCUUAACUGGCAAGACUAUUACAUUAGAGGUAGAGCCUUCUGACACAAUUGAGAAUGUCAAAGCCAAGAUUCAGGAUAAGGAAGGUAUCCCUCCAGACCAGCAGCGUUUGAUCUUUGCUGGCAAGCAAUUAGAAGAUGGACGAACAUUAUCAGAUUACAAUAUUCAGAAGGAAUCCACUCUACAUUUAGUAUUACGUCUGCGUGGUGGUAUGCAAAUCUUCGUGAAGACCUUAACUGGCAAGACUAUUACACUAGAGGUAGAGCCGUCGGACACUAUUGAAAAUGUUAAAGCUAAGAUCCAAGACAAAGAAGGUAUUCCCCCAGACCAGCAGCGUUUGAUAUUUGCCGGCAAACAAUUGGAAGAUGGGCGAACGUUGUCAGACUACAAUAUCCAAAAGGAAUCUACACUUCAUUUAGUAUUACGUCUGCGUGGUGGUAUGCAAAUUUUUGUCAAGACCUUGACUGGUAAAACCAUCACUUUAGAGGUUGAACCUUCUGAUACAAUUGAAAAUGUGAAAGCUAAAAUCCAAGAUAAGGAGGGUAUUCCUCCAGACCAGCAGCGAUUGAUUUUUGCUGGCAAACAGCUAGAAGACGGUCGAACACUAUCAGAUUAUAAUAUUCAGAAGGAAUCAACUCUGCACUUAGUAUUACGUCUACGUGGUGGUAUGCAGAUUUUUGUCAAGACCUUGACUGGUAAGACUAUAACUUUGGAAGUGGAGCCCUCUGACACAAUUGAGAAUGUAAAAGCUAAAAUUCAAGACAAAGAGGGCAUUCCCCCAGACCAGCAACGUUUAAUCUUCGCCGGCAAACAGCUAGAAGAUGGCCGUACACUAUCAGACUAUAACAUUCAGAAGGAGUCUACAUUGCAUUUAGUUCUCCGUCUUCGUGGUGGUAUGCAAAUUUUCGUUAAAACACUUACUGGUAAGACAAUCACCUUGGAAGUCGAACCUUCUGACACUAUUGAGAAUGUCAAAGCAAAAAUUCAAGAUAAAGAAGGCAUUCCUCCAGAUCAGCAGCGAUUGAUCUUUGCAGGCAAGCAGUUGGAAGACGGACGUACACUUUCAGACUAUAAUAUCCAAAAAGAGUCUACUCUACAUUUAGUUUUAAGAUUGAGAGGUGGAAUGUAA